GCUGCCUUUCCCUCUACCGCGCAUCACUUGUAAUAACCUUCCCAUCACCAGCAUCAACAUCUCACCGCCCCGGGCAUAUAAUCAUUCAAAUUAAACGCUUUUUGGAUGGGAUUUUUUCUUGGGAUUAUCAUAAUUUGUUACACCUAUACAUAAAAGCGUCCGGAGCCAUCUCUCUGCGACAAAAAAAGUUCCAUCAGAGGUGUGCCUGCGGUUGGAGAUCAAAUCAUGGGGCAUGGCUCUGAAAUGGAACCAAUGAUGGAGUUAGUGUGCUUCAAUCCAGGAGGUCGCCUCAAAGAGAAAUCGUCGAAUGCAGCUCUGAAUCACUGACAGAAAACGCAGAGGAUCAGCUUCAUCCUAGCACUUACAUCUGUCCGCUUUAUGUCGAAACUGGAUAUUUUUCCAUAUAUUGCUUCUUAGACUCAGCUGAAAAGAUUAGAUUUUGUCUAUUAUCAACAAUAGUGCUGCGUCAUAAAUAAAAACGGAUAUUGCAUUUGCUACUUGACUGAUUAUCCAUAUGGGAUAUAACAUUCAACAGAUAAAUCUUGGAGCCCAGACAUAAUCAGAUGUUGUUAACACUCUGAGGAUCUAUCCCUGUUUCUAACCCUACACCGGUGCGCCCUAUCAUUCUCUACCAUGAAUCCCAUGAGUCUGCCAGGGCAUGUCUUCCUGCUGCUCAGUACCAUGCUGGGCCUGAGUGCAGGCAUGGAGUUUACUGGCUCUGAAGGCCAGUGGGCUCGCUACCUGCGAUGGGAUGCCAGCACCAGAAGUGACCUGACUUUCCAAUUCAAGACAUCAGAAUCCGACGGCCUGCUGAUGUACUUUGAUGAUGGUGGAUAUUGCGACUUUCUGCUGCUCACGGUAUCGGAGGGUUUGCUGCAGCUGCGCUACAGUAUUGACUGUGCCGAAACUACCAUCACCUCUGAGAAGAUGGUCAAUGACAGCCGCUGGCACUUUGUCACGAUCAGCAGGCACAAUUUGCGGACGGCUUUGGCCCUGGAUGGCCAAACCAAGGAGGAUGAGGUGCGGCCCCAGCGACAGUUCAUGAAGAUUGUUAGCGACCUGUUCCUUGGAGGGCUUCCAGGGGACAUCCGCACAUCGGCCAUCACUCUGCCCUCUGUCCGCGACCUACCACCGUUCACGGGGAUUAUCUCUGAUCUGAGUUAUGGGAACAAGCUGCCCACGCUCAUCAAUAGUCAGAAGGUUCGUUUGGAGAUGAUAGGCCUUUGCACAGAGAACCCUUGUGAGAAUGGAGGGACCUGCUCGCUGGCAGAUGGAGAACCCUACUGUGACUGCUCCAAAACUGGAUAUGUAGGUCGAUACUGCACUGAAGCAGUCCAGAGAAAACCAGGCCUCGCACACCUGAAGGCGGAGCAAGCGAGGGAAGAGAAUGUGGCCACCUUCCGUGGCUCGGAGUACUUCUGUUACGACCUGUCGCAGAACCCCAUCCAGAGUAGCAGCGAUGAGAUCACACUCUCCUUCAAGACCUGGCAACGCAACGGCCUUCUCCUCCACACAGGGAAGUCCGCCGACUACGUCAACCUGGCACUGAAAGACGGGGCUGUGUCUCUGGUGAUCAACCUGGGGUCUGGGGCCUUUGAGGCAAUCGUUGAGCCAGUCAACGGAAAAUUCAAUGACAACGCCUGGCACGACAUCAAAGUGACACGCAACCUGAGACAGGUGACCAUCUCCGUGGAUGGGAUCCUGACCACCACAGGCUACACCCAGGAAGACUACACCAUGCUGGGCUCCGACGACUUCUUCUAUGUGGGUGGGAGCCCCAGCACUGCAGACCUGCCUGGAUCCCCAGUUAGCAACAACUUCAUGGGCUGCCUCAGAGAGGUGGUAUACAAGAACAACGAUAUUCGCCUGGAAUUGUCCCGCCUAGCUCGCAUCGUGGACCCCAAGAUGAAGCUCCAGGGCGAUGUGGUCUUCAAGUGCGAAAACGUACCGACGUUAGACCCCAUCAACUUUGAGACCCCUGAAUCCUACCUGGGCUUGCCAAAGUGGAACACCAAGCGAGUCGGCUCCAUCUCCUUCGACUUCCGCACCUCUGAACCCAACGGGCUCAUCCUCUUCACCCACGGCAAGCCCCAGGACCGGCGGGAUGCGAGGGGCCAGAAGAACAACAAGGUGGACUUCUUUGCAGUGGAGCUGCUGGAUGGAGGGCUGUACCUGCUGCUGGACAUGGGCUCAGGCACCAUCAAGGUCAAGGCCACACAGGCAAAGGUCAAUGACGGGGCCUGGCACCAUGUGGACAUCCAGAGAGACGGUCGCUCAGGCAUCAUCUCAGUGAAUAGCCGCCGGACUCCAUUCACGGCCAGUGGGGAAAACGAGAUUUUGGACCUGGAAGGGGACCUUUAUCUUGGCGGUCUGCCUGACAACAGGGUGGGCCUGGUGCUCCCCACCGAGCUGUGGACUGCCAUGCUCAACUAUGGCUAUGUGGGCUGCAUCCGGGACCUGUUCAUUGACGGACGCAGCAAGGACAUUCGUCAGAUUGCCCAGUCCCAGAAUGUAACGGGCAUCAAGUCCUCAUGUAGUAAGGUGACGGGCAAGCAAUGUGACAGCAACCCCUGCAAGAACAACGGUGCAUGUAAAGAAGGAUGGAACCGCUUCAUCUGCGACUGUACCGGCACUGGCUUCUGGGCGGGUACUUGUGAAAGAGAGGCGUCAAUCCUUUCCUACGACGGCAGCAUGUACAUGAAGGUGGUGAUGCCUAACGUCAUGCACACCGAGGCUGAGGAUGUUUCCCUGCGCUUCAUGUCCCAGAGGGCGUUUGGCCUGCUCAUGGCCGCCACAUCCCGCGAGUCGGCAGACACCCUGAGGCUGGAGCUGGACAGCGGCAGGGUCAAACUGACGGUCAACCUAGACUGUGUCAGGAUAAACUGUAACACCAGCAAGGGCCCAGAGGUUCUUUAUGCCGGACAAAAGCUCAACGACAAUGAGUGGCACUCUGUACGAGUGGUCCGCCGUGGUAAAAGCUUCAAACUCACCGUGGAUGAGGACAUGGCUGAAGGUCAGAUGGCGGGCGACCACACCCGUCUCGAGUUCCACAAUUUGGAGACCGGCAUCCUGACUGAGAGGCGCUUUGUCUCCUCUGCCCCCUCCUCCUUUAUUGGACAUCUGCAGAGCCUCAAGUUCAACGGCAUGCUGUACAUCGACAUGUGCAAGAACGGAGACAUCGACUUCUGCGAGCUCAAUGCUCGUUUCGGCAUGCGCUCUAUCAUCGCUGACCCCGUGACUUUCAAGACCAAGGGCAGCUACCUGGGCUUGGCCACCCUGCAGGCCUACACCACCAUGCACCUCUUCUUUCAGUUCAAAACCACCUCGCCGGACGGGUUCAUCAUCUUCAACAGCGGAGACGGGAAUGACUUUAUUGCUGUGGAGCUGGUCAAAGGGUUUAUCCAUUAUGUGUUUGACCUGGGGAACGGGCCCAGUUUGUUGAAGGGGAACAGCGACAACCCGCUGAACGAUAAUCAAUGGCAUAAUGUGGUGAUCACACGAGACGCUUCCAACACACAUACCCUCAAAGUGGACACAAAGUCAGUCACCCAGAACGUCAACGGAGCCAAGAACCUUGACCUCAAAGGUGACCUGUUCAUUGGAGGCUUGGGACCGAACAUGUACCAGAACCUGCCUAAGCUGGUGGUGUCUCGGGAGGGCUUCCAGGGCUGCUUGGCCUCUGUUGACCUCAACGGCCGUCUGCCUGACCUCAUCAAUGAUGCCCUGUUCCGCAGCGGGCAGAUUGAACGUGGCUGUGAAGUUGGUUUCACCAAAGCCGACCUGCAAGGCCCAAGUACCACCUGCCAGGAGGAUUCCUGCGCCAACAUGGGCGUGUGUAUCCAGCAGUGGGAGAAUUUCACAUGCGACUGCACCAUGACAUCUUACACAGGGACUCAUUGCAACGACCCUGGCACCACCUACAUCUUCGGUAAAGGAGGAGGGCUGAUCACAUACACGUGGCCUAAUAACGAAAGGCCGAGCACUAGGACGGACCGGCUGGCAGUGGGUUUCAGCACAACCAUCAAGGACGGCAUUCUGGUUCGCAUCGACAGCGCCCCACGUCUGGGUGACUACAUCAUGCUCCACAUUGAGCAAGGCAAAAUAGGCGUGACUUUCAACAUUGGGACCGUAGACAUCAGCGUUAAGGAGAGCACCACAGCGGUAAAUGAUGGCAAGUACCACGUGGUUCGAUUCACCAGGAACGGAGGCAAUGCCACCUUGCAGGUGGACAAUUGGCCAAUCAAUGAGCACUUUCCCACAGGCAACAGCGACAUUGAGCGCUAUCAAAUGGCAAAUAAGAAAAUCACGUUCAAAUAUACCCGGCCAGUAGAAGAUUGGCUUCAGGAGAAAGGCCGGCAGCUGACCAUCUUCAACACUCAGGCCACCAUCUCCAUCGGGGGAAAUGACCGGAAGCGGCCCUACCAGGGCCAGCUUUCCGGCCUCUACUACAAUGGCCUUAAAGUUCUCAACAUGGCCGCUGAGGGUCAUGCCAAUAUCAAGGUCAAUGGCAGCGUGAGACUGGUGGGUGACGUGCCGGCCAGCAGGGGCGCGGCACGCACCACCACCUCGGUGCCACCAGAGAUGUCCACCACCUUCAUUGAGACGACGACCACACUCUCCACCACGACCAGCCGCAAGCAACGCUCACCGCCUACCAUUCAGACGACAGACGACAUUGUCUCAUCAGCGGAGUGCUCCAGUGAUGAUGAGGACCUGGAAGAAUGCGACUCCGGUCACGCAGGAGGGGAGCUAGUCAUCCCCGUGCUAGUCGAGGACCCCAUAGACAUCCCUUCUGUAUCCACCCGUUCUCCCUUCAUCCCCCUCCCCCCAACCCUCCGCCCUGUCCUCACCAUUAUUGAGACCACCAAAGAAUCCUUGGCCAUGGCCACUGAGGCGGGGGUACCUUGCUUGUCGGACCGAGGCAGCGAUGAUUGUGAUGAUGGUGAUGGUGAUGGUGGUGAUGAUGGUGAUGAUGAUGAUGAUGAUGGCAUGGUGAUUUCGGGGUUUGGCUCUGGCGAAGCUUUCGACUCUAGCCUGCCCCCGACUGACGAUGAAGAUUUUUACACCACCUUCUCCCUGGUAACAGAUAAGAUCUUGACCACAUCGGCCUAUGAAGGUGGCUACAAAGCCCUCGCGCCCAAGUGGGAGGCCAAGGACUUGAGGCCUAGCAAAGCCUCUGAGGCGGGUAGGACUACACCCACCCCGCCUCUGCCCGACCUCCGGGGCACGCCGCCGGCGGCAGUCCCCUCGGACACGCCGCCCAAGCUGCCCGCCGGGAAAAUGGACAACCGCGAGGUCAAACCCCCGCAGCCGGACAUAGUCCUGCUACCCCUACCCACGUCCUUCGAUCUGGACGGCACCAAACCGCGGGGCCCCCUCAUCACCUCGCCCAUGCUGCGCACGGUGCCCGCCGCCUUGCCCACCGUGCCCGGCGUGGUGCGGCGGGUGCCCCCGGGGGCCUCAGAGGUGAUCCGGGAGUCCAGUAGUACCACAGGUAUGGUAGUGGGCAUUGUUUCAGCCGCCGCCCUCUGCAUCCUCAUCCUCCUCUACGCCAUGUACAAGUACAGGAACAGGGACGAAGGUUCCUACCAAGUGGACGAGACGCGCAACUACAUCAGCAACUCGGCGCAAACCAAUGGCGCUGUGGUGAAGGAUAAAACACCCAGCGGCAGUGCCAAAGGCAGCGCCAGUAGCAAGAGACCGAAAGACAAGGACAAGGAAUAUUAUGUAUAGAGAACAAAAAAAUCAUUUCCCAACAUAUAAAAAAGAUAAAACUGUUUGGAACAAAGAUAUAAACAUUUUGACAGUACCAUAUUGGCAACUGUGAUUUAAAAAGGAAGAAUUCUCUUGAGAACUCAAGAUAUACUGAGUCAUUGAAACAUUUUCAACAAACUACGGCUUAUGGAAGCACACUUACUAUGGUAAGCAUUACGGAGAGACAAUGCAGUACAACUUCAUCGGGACUCGACAAAGACCUUUUCACGGAGUCCCUGCUGGAGACAUUUUGGCAGUGUAAGAUAACAUCACUCUUACAUACACACUAUCCCAAGUGACUGUUAGAGGUGUGUAAUCCUUGGAGUUCUAAUGACCUUGUCCAUUGUAACCCUGUAAAAUACGAUCACUGUCAUUUCGGCCAUUCUGAGCAUGCAUGUGAGGUGUAUGUGACGUGGUGCUGGCAUCUGUGUAAGUGAGGGACCUGAAGAAACAAUGAUUGUCGGGGAAGUUGGAGGUCAAAACCUAAUUUUUGCAUUAAAAAACGGUUUCAUUAAAUGUAACUUUCAUGGAUGCGAUAUGAGGUAAGGUAUAUGUAUACUUCAAGGUGUCUUUGAUUUUUUGAUUUUUUUUUUAAUUCUAUUUAUUUAUGCAUUAAGUUAUUUAUUUAUUUAUUUAUUUAUUUUUGGCCCAGUGCUUUAUUAGAGGGAUGAUAUUCAGUCAGGGUUGACUAGGCAGUGUUCACUAAAUGCUCAGCAGCAAGUGAUAGAGCAAUGUAUCUCAAUAUUUCCUCCCAGCCCCAACCCCUCCCGCCCCCGGUCUCAGCUAAGGAUUGGACUGCUAUGCAUGACAUCCAAAUUCUAGAUGGUGUUCAAGCGUGCAAGAGUGGAACCACCAGGCAAAAUGCUGCAUUGUUAUUUCUUUGAAUUUUAAAUCUCUGAUAGCAUUUCCCCUUCUUUUUGUUGCUGUUUUUCCAUAGACCAGUAGUUUGGCCAUUUAUUACAUUUUUUGUCCAAUUUUCUUUACAUUUCAGGACAUGCUGUGGCAAAUGCAUUAUCAUAAUGUGUCUUGCAGAGAUGGAUUGUUGCAGUCUAAAAAAAAACAAAAAAGCAGAAAAACAAAAAAACAAGACGAGGCUAAAGACUUAUUCCAGUGUGAACAAGUGUGAUUCUAUCUGUUGUCACAGUCAACUGUGUCAAAAACAGCAAAUAUGUUUACAUAUUUUAUUACAUCAUAGCCGUUGUACUUUGCAGGUCAAUAUUGUACAUAAAAUUCUAGUUUCUUUUGAUUUUUUUUAGUACUCUUACUGUAUAGACAGACCAUUUGAUUUGGUUUUAUUGGUGUACUAACAUGACAAAAAUCAAAUCUUGUUUUUUUUUCUGCCAGGAAAGCCUGGAGAUAAAGUGAUGUGCACAGGAAUAUUUUGUUUCGGCGGGGGAGCAAAUGUUGUUAGAUUAGAAUUCUAGUCUCUCUGGAUGGUGUUUCUCUAAGUCGCAUGAAUAUUUGACCACUGGAAGCUGUCAAUCAAAUAGAAAACACCUUCCCCAGAUCUUGUAUUAGGGACUUGUCCUUAUUAUGAAAUUACUUUCAUGUUAUUUAUUUUUUUAUUGGAGAUUUAAAAAAAAAAAAAAAAAAGAUUAAGAGAAUAAAGAAAGAUUGUGUUGGAUUUGGAGACCUAUUGCUGCCACCUUACUGACUUAAAGGUGUUUUUUUCCCUCUUGCUUUUUUUUAUACUGUGAUGUCUCUGUUCCUGUCUGUCCAGCUCUUCUUUUUUGCAUUUGAUUUUUUCUUUUCUGUUAUUGUGUAGCUUAAUUUCAAGUCUCUCAUUUUUAUGACAUUUUCUUCUGGCAAUGUUGUUCUUUUUUUUUAAAAAAAUUAUUAUUUAUUGCUAAAGUUCAUUCAGUUUUCAUUCAUUUUCAUGCAGACUGGUCAGUGUGUAUGUUCACUUUGAUUUUUUGUGUUGGUACUUGGCUUUUCAACUUGUUAAUUACUGUCUUAUGCUCCUUUGACUCCAAACAGUUCCCAGAAAUAAAAUGUUGUUCCCAAA